AUGGAUUUGUCCUUGGAAAUUAGGAAGAAGAAGCUUAGUGGUCUGAAGAAGAGAGAGGAACUUGAAAGAGAGGUUUCCAUGAUUCAGAGAAUGCUAAAUCAAGAAGAAAAAUUGCAUGAGAUUCUGACACUAGUUUAUCGUCAACAGGAUGGCUCUUCUAUCUCUAUCCCAGAUUUCCUCCCUCCAAGAAUGAAGGAGGUGUUAGAGGAGCUGACUAUUGUUGAAGGUGAGAUUGGUCGUUUAGAAAGCCAAAUAAGACAGCUUAAACAGUGUCUGAACCAGGAACAUCAGGUCACACAGGACAAGAAAUCAAAACCUGCGGGGGAUAUAUCCACCAUGAAGCAAGAUAGUCAAGAAAAUGUGGUUUUCGAGACCAAGGCUUUGCAUUUCAUUAGCAAAGCUAUUAAAGGAGAUUAUACUCUUGGUGACUUCAUGAGUCUACAUGAGAGAACGCGAACCACAACCAAAAGAGUACCCCAAGGAGGAGUUUCAGAUCAGAAAGAAAACCAGUACACAGGAGAGGUGGUAAUUAGAUUCCAAGAGAGGAGUCCAAGGAGAAGUGGUUUGCCCAAGGCAUUUUCUCAGUCAAGGGAACAGAUUCUAGAGGCCAACUGGGACAUGCCACCAAAAUCACCAACAAGACUUGUUUCAGAAGACAGCAGUCAGACUUGGCAUCCCAACAAGUUAUCCGAGAAUAUCAUGAAAUGUUUGAACUUCAUUUUUGUGAGGUUACUUAGGACAUCAAGAGCAAUGGAGCUGGAAAAAUCAGGCACCGUUACCAGGCCUAUCAACACUCUCUUAAGCUCAAGAUGCUUUAGGGUUGAAAACGCUCUAAACCCAAACUCAAAUCUCCAGAAGAAAUCAAGGCAACAGGAUCCCUAUGGCAUCUUUGACGUGGAAGAGUCUAUCCCGAGGGUCAUUGGCCCUUAUAAGAACCUCGCCAUAUUCACAUCAAGCUCCAUGGACCCCAAAUGCAUUUCCAGCUCUAGUUCUAUUCCUUUGCUUAAAAAACUUUGGGUCCUGAUGAGCAAUCUCCAGAAAGUGGAGUUGGGAGGAUUGACUUACCAGCAGAAAUUAGCAUUCUGGAUCAACAUGUACAAUGCCUGUAUCAUGCAUGGAUAUCUCCAAUAUGGUCCGCCUAAUACUUGUGAAGAUAUUUUGGCUAUGACCAACAAGGCAACCCUCAACGUCGGAGGCAACACAAUAAGUGCUCAAGCAAUUGAGCACCAAAUUCUGUGGAAACCAACGGCUUCAAACCUACAAGAGGUACAUUUUUUUACUGUCCCUAUACAGGUUCUUCUGGUUUUGAUUAUCCUGAAACGUGAUCUCUCCGAGUCUUAUCCAAAGGGUGACAAAGAAGACGGCCGUGAAGCCAAUGUUGGAAAACUUUUUGGACUCGAGUUAAUGGAUCGAAACGUCACGUUUGCUCUGUGUUGCGGAACUCGAUCUUCUCCAGCAGCAUCUGGUUUUGCCAUGGCAUUUGGAGUUGUAGCAGCACGAGAAAUGUUCUCCUCUUUAUCCCUUCCCUUGGCUUCAUGCAAUCCAAGUAACAUAGGAAUCUUGGCUUUUGUAAGACCAGCCAUGCCAGCUUCAUCCACGAAACGGGAUGGGGAUGUUGGAGCCGAGCUGGAGGGACGUGAUCUCACCAUGGUAGGUGACAUGCUUUCCCAUAUACCAUCUUAA